CCUUUAGGCAGGGAAGUAACACCUGUACAAAAUCCAAGACAGGAGGCAUACCGCAUGCGAAAAGAAGGCAUGCAUCACAGCAGUCGUGUGGAGCAGCAAAUGAUGGGGACAGAUUCUUCACAGGCUUUGAACUCUAUGCUGAGGCCAGAGGGUGGUGGAGGACAGAAGAGAAAAUCAGACCAGAUGGCUAAAGAUUCUGAUGAUGAAGAAGAAGAAGAAACCCAUGAUGAAGUUCGAUUAUGGGAAGACGGUUUCAAAGACAGAUACUAUGAAUCCAAAUUUGAUGUGGCCCCAGACAACAUUGAGUUCAGGCACAGAGUGGCAUUUCAGUAUGUUCGUGGCCUGUGUUGGGUGCUGAAAUAUUACUAUCAGGGCUGUGCAUCAUGGAAAUGGUACUUUCCAUACCAUUAUGCUCCUUUUGCAUCAGAUUUUUUGAAUAUUGCUGAGUUAUCAACUGAAUUUGAGAAAGGAACCAAACCAUUUCGUCCGUUGGAGCAGCUGAUGGGUGUGUUCCCAGCAGCUAGCAGCUCUCAUGUACCAGCACCAUGGGCAAAACUCAUGAGUGAUCCGGAGUCUCCAAUCAUUGAUUUUUACCCAGAAGAUUUUAAAAUAGACUUAAAUGGAAAGAAGUUUGCAUGGCAAGGUGUAGCUUUGUUACCAUUUGUUGAAGAGAAGAGAUUAUUCAAGGCAUUAGAGCCAUACUACGAAGUCUUAACCCCUGGAGAAAAAAAACGCAAUGUAAGGGGAGAUGACAGAUUGUAUGUGACAUUGAAGAAUUCUGGCUAUGACUUCAUUAAGGGCUUAUAUGAAAAUGAAAUUGACCUCACUGAUGAAGUGAAUGUAAGCAUUGAUGGAAUGCAAGGUACUGUUCUUCUUGCAGAAGACUGUGUGGUUCCUGGAGGAUCUCUGCACUCACCAGUGUUGGGGCUGUCAGUUCUGACCAAAAAUAAUGUGUACUGUGUCAGAUUCCGGGACCCUAAGUAUGAUGAUACAUUUAUAUUUCCAGCAGUUCGUCUGAAAGGAGCCAGAGAGCCACCAAGAGUGCUGAAGCCACAAGACUUGAGUCCAUCUCAGAACAGGAGAUGGAGGCCUCAAAUUGGGAUGGCACCAGCAACACAGAGGGCCUCACUGGGUGAUGCAGGGCACAGGAUGCUUGGGCAUCACACAAAUGUGAGAGCUGGAGCAGGCAUAUACAGCAGUGUUCCUCCUGUGAUUAACCAAGGACUACAGGCCUUGACAAGACUUGCUGGUCUCCUGCAGCAGCAUCAGUAUCAGCCACAUCACCAGCAGCAACAGCAGCAGCAGCAGCAGUCAAAUAGAGGAAGCAGCUACAGGGGAAGUGCUGGCGGCGGUCAACACCAGAGGUACAAUACUUGGCAGGAUUCUAGUUACAACUAUAACUCCAGUUACAACACCGGCGGAUCUGCUUAUGGUCAAGGGCGAUCAUACAGUUAUGGCUCGUACCCUAACGGCAAUCAGAAUAACAGGCGUGGUGGCGGCCCUGGCAGGAGAGGCUGGAGCAGCGGUGGCGGCGGCGGCGGCGGCGGCGCUUACCACAGCCGUCGCUAAGGACAGAAUCUUGGAACUGCACAUUACCAUAAGAAUUUAACUGUUGGAUUGAUGUUGCCGCAUGAUUUACUCUACGUCGAAGGAAGAAGCAAUUUCAGUUUGGGUCAAUAUCAUGUAAUUGAUAUUAUUUCCUUAUGACAAGAGCCAGAGUUUUAAAAUACCUUACAGAAUUUAUUGCUUGAAUAAAAUCAUGUAUUGAAUAUGUAUUCCUGUC